CAGGCACUGAACGGGUUCCUGCUAAUAUUGACUUGCGACGGGGAAGUGUUUUUCGCUACCCACAGCAUAGAGAGUUACCUAGGCUUCCAUCAGUCGGACAUCGUCCAUCAGAGUGUCUACGAACUGGUGCAUAGCGAGGACCGGGAGGAAUUGCAGCGGCAAUUAAUGUGGAAUUCUUUCCUGCCUGCCGAAAGUGCAAGCCUGCCGUUGCACGACGCACUCUCGCCCCAGCAUUGUCACCUGCUCGAGCGCAGCUUCACGGUUCGCUUCCGUUGUCUUUUGGACAAUACAUCCGGUUUUCUGCGUCUCGACAUCAGGGGCCGAGUUAAAGUACUUCAUGGCCAGAACCGGAAGACGGAAGAGCCGCCGUUGGCCCUGUUCGCCCUGUGCACACCGUUCGGGCCUCCUUCGCUCUUAGAAGUGCCGCAGAAGGAAGUGAUGUUCAAAAGCAAGCACAAAUUGGAUCUCGCACUCGUGACGAUGGAUCAGAGAGGAAAGAUGCUGUUAGGUUAUUCUGAUGCGGAACUAACGAAUCUCGGUGGCUACGAUCUAGUCCAUUACGACGACUUGGCCUACGUCGCUAGUGCGCAUCAGGAAUUAUUAAAAACUGGUGCAUCGGGUAUGAUAGCCUACAGAUUUCAAACGAAGGAUGGCGGAUGGCAAUGGCUACAGACUAGCUCUAGAUUGGUCUACAAAAACUCGAAACCAGAUUUUGUACUCAGUACUCAUCGACCUCUCAUGGAAGAAGAAGGUCGAGACUUGCUCGGCAAACGUACGAUGGACUUCAAAGUGAGCUAUCUGGAUGCCGGAUUGACCAAUAGCUAUUUCUCGGAUAGUGACAGUUUGACAGGAUCAGUCAUGACGCCGACGCUACCGGCGCAGCCGGCACCACAGAGAGGGAACAGACGAUACAAGACGCAUCUGCGAGACUUUCUUUCGACAUGCCGAAGCAAACGUAGCAAACUCUCUGCUCAGUCGUCGGUCUCGCCACCGGUAACUCCCACAGUCGCGUCCGUGGAUUAUCUUGCGCCGGACACCAGCGCAGCAGCCGCAGUUGCGGCGGCCUACAAUUUAAACACUAUGUACCCGACGCCGUACGCGCCCACAGCAGUGGCGGCUAGUACCGAUCCUUCCUUGACGACUUACAUCGGCCACACGGGCAACUAUCAUCAAACUCUCUAUCCAGCGACUGCAUUAGAUAACAGGUAUCUCACGGCUGCAACAGAGAAUCUAUUCCAAUAUAGGCCGUUGAGCUCAUAUUAUCCAGAGUAUCACACCGGCACUACGUACAAUGGUUUCAUUGACGUAUCGUUGCCCACAUACGAGACUCAUCAGCUAACUAGCAAGACAGAAGAGAAGCUCUACUGCCAGCAACUGGGCAGUAACGAAUCGCCCAAAUAUAGCUACGUGGAAACGAGACACCCCGGUAGCGUCAGCGGUUCGCCGUACGCUGCCAGUCCGGUGGCGAGCGCAUCUACGAUGCAUCCAGCGACGACUGACAUGAAUGUUGUGCGCGCCGGAAGCAGGCAUUCAUUGGAAGGUGGCGCAUCAUCCAGCAAUUCCGCCGGUAGCUCACCGGUGACUGGCGCGGCCAACGGUAUGCUGACACCGAAGAUAGAGGACGUGAAGCCCGAGGUGUACGGCAACGAGGCGCCACGGCAGACUGUGCUGAUGUGGGGUGCGCCGCCAUCGCGCACACCACCCAGAAACAACGGCAGCUACAGUCCGCCGACGCCACACUCGACUCAUUCUUCCACGCACUCGACCAACGCCACUGGCGAUCCGCUCAAAUCGUUGGCGGAGAUGAAUUCCAUGAAUGGAGAUUGCAAAUGGCGGCAAACCUCACCUACGGAUCAACAAGUGACCGCGUCGAGCCCGCCAAGAAAUAAUAAAACGCAACAAUCUCAGCAGCAACAACAACAGCAGCAACAUCAUCAUCAGCCGCAACAACAUCAACAGUACCCGGUGACCACGUCUCAGUAUCAAGCGGCUGCAGUUGCCGCCGCGGCAGCCGCCAGCACCAUUGGUUACACGCAUUCUCAUCCAGGUCAUGGCGGGCACGGAGAAGCGGGCUCCGAGGUAUGGCAAGGAGUGCAACACCAUCACUACCAGUACUAUCCCUACCACCAUCACCACCCCGCACCACCAAGGCACACGCCCCAGUGA